AUGGCUCCUACAAGUAUUUGGGUAGCUUUUUCCCUCUUCUUCUAUUUCAUUGUGAACAGGAUAUACAAAUCACACAUAUAUUCUUCCAAACUGCGCAAAUUCGAGUGUCAAGAGCCAGUACCGAAAGACACUAUCAGCCGUUGGCCUUUCGGUCUUGAUAUGCUCAAGAUAGCUCUGGAGGCCGAUCGUGGCAAAUUCUUCCCACUCCUCCUUCAAAGAAAUGUCCAACAAUAUGGCAUAACAUUCAAGUAUUCGAUCAUGAAUACUUCGAGUCUUUUUACAGUAGAUCCGAAGAAUCUAAAAGCUAUUUUAGCGACACAAUUUGACGACUUCGAUCUAGGGUCAAUGCGGAUAGGGGCCUUCUGGCCUAUGCUUGGGAAGGGCAUAUUUACACAAGAUGGCCACGAAUGGAAAGUAACAAGGGAUAUGAUGAGACCCCAGUUCAAUCGGGAUCAGAUGAGUGAUUUCGAGGUGGAGGAGAAGCAUGUUCAGAAUUUGAUGAGAGCUAUAGAUACCAGACUUCAGGGUGACUGGACCGCAGAGAUAGAUCUACAGGUUCUUUUCUUUCGAUUGACCAUGGACUCUGCAACAGAAAUUCUACUUGGACAGUCUGCUGAUACCCAGCUUCUCGAUCUGCCAGAAAAUCAAACAAAAGCCCAGGGUACCAGAAUAGAUUUUGCGGCUGAGUUUGACAACGCUUUAUCUUGGCUUUCUACCCGUGGCCAUUUUGCUGAUAUGUACUGGCUGGUCUCCAGCAAAGACUUCAGGAAUUCUUGCAACAAAUGCAACGAAUAUGUCGAUCAUUUUGUUCAACUUGCUCUCAACAGAAACUCACUGGCCAGAGAUCAAGACAAAGAUGAUUCAACCGCAAUCAAGAAGAGAUACAUUUACCUGGACGCCCUUGCAAAAGAAACACAAGAUCCAAUUGAGCUUCGUUCUCAGUGCUUACAUUUGAUGCUAGCAGGUAGAGACACGACGGCCUCAUUACUAGGAUGGUUGUUUCUUUUAUUCGCUCAAAAUCCCAAUCAGUAUCAAAAGCUGCGUAAUAUCGUCAUCGAAAACUUUGGAACAUACGAAAAUCCUUUGGAAAUAAACUUCUUGGACCUCAAAAAUUGCCGAUAUCUCCAACAUUGUUUGAAUGAAGCUUUGCGACUUUAUCCACUUGUACCAUUUAACGUCAGACAAGCAAACAAGGACACAACCCUACCACAUGGCGGUGGAAAGGAUGGAAAAUCGAAAGUCUUUAUUCCAAAAUGGUCAAUAGUUGAAUACAGUGUUUUCGCCAUGCAUCGUAGAAAGGAUAUAUGGGGUGAUGACGCCGAGGAGUUUCGACCUGAGAGAUGGGAAGGAAAGAAAGUGGGAUGGGAAUUUUUACCUUUUAAUGGUGGUGCAAGGAUUUGUAUCGGGCAGCAAUUUGCCUUGAAUGAAGCCGGUUACGUUGUUGUAAGACUUCUUCAGAGGUUUGAUAUAAUUCGAGAUAUGGCAACGGACUCAGUUGUGAAACAUGAACUCAAACUCACAAAUUCCUCCGCCAACGGUGUUAAAGUUAAGCUACAUGCUUCCACUGUAUGAGAGCAGAUGUGUCCAGUAUCAUGUGCUAUGCUUUUUAUUUCUCAUUUUCCCCAAUUGGUCUUGGAAAAUUGGCAAUUUUGCAUAACUUGGUGGUAUGAGACUAGAAAGGAAUGAUUACAUUUGGAUUAGCAUUGAUGCACGAGUACAAAUGGCAGGCGAAAAACAGCAGCUCGGCGGUCAGACAUCUCGCGUAGUAGCCAGUCUUGUUCAUUCAUUUAACUCCAAUUUAAAUACUCACUCAUGCUAAGCCCAGUUUCUUGAGAAUAGCCUUAAUUUCUUCAGCGACGAGAUCUGGAUCAUCAGUUUGUAUAAAGUGACCACAGCCACUGGCAAUCUUCACACCCUCACAUCGAUCUUCAUCUGUGAUACUCACUAGACCGGCAUUAUAUUGGGCCCAAUGUCUUCACAGCGCUGAUUAGUCAAACAUUCCCGCCAAGAGCACUGCAACGAUACAAACUUACGGAUUCGUAAACCUCAUACUCAUGCUCUUGGGUGUUCCCAUUCUUUUUAAACUCGCGUCCGCAAACGUAACCGGAUCGUGCCCUACAACCGUAAGCCACGGACCUUUUCCAUUCGUACCAAUAAGUUUAGGUUUAUCGUCACAGGGGAGUAAUCUUGGACCAGGUCGUCGAUCCAUGGAUUCAGAGUUUGGGACUGAUAAAUCAAAUACAUUUGUCAACCGCGUGCGUGCUUCAAUAUAUCGGGAAAGUGAGCAGUCUGGUGCGAGUACGGUAGAGGGGUCGAAGGUGGGGGAUAAAGGAUCCGGGAGGAAAUCGCUAAAAUUUAUAUUGGCGAUGUUGGAGUCAAGUGCGAUGAGCGCGGCGCAAAUGAAUGGAUGGGAUUGUACAUAGAGACGGGCUAUGGGGACCUGGCACUGAGGCAGCCACGAAUAUCACACUCAGUCUCCCAUUUUCGGCAUCAGUUUUCUCAAGCCCAAGUUCCUUACUAGCGACAACUAGAAUAAUUUCGUGAAGAUCAUUUGCAGCGUCCAUGAAAUCAUGUCCAUAACCAUUUCCAUCAUCUAGAGGAUCUCUUGCAGUAGUCAACCCCUGCCCAUAACGGUCAAAUGUUAAGAGUGGUGGGGCUUCCUUGACAUGAGAUCGAAGAACUGAUAUACAUGACUCCCAUGAGGAAGCGGGAAGACCAAGUCCAUUUACAAAGACAACAAGGGUGUGGUGUAGCGUGACAUUCGAUUCUGAGAGGGUCGAAUAAGAUGCACGUGGAAAGAAGGUGUAAGAUAUCGGAGCUUGUGGCUUUGAAGGAAUAGUAAGGAAAGAUGGACACGGGUCGAUCGGAGAAGUAUCAGAGGAUUGUUUCAUUUCGGGAAUUGUGGAAGUUGACCAAUUUAUCAUAUCUAAACCUAUGCGAUAUUCAUGAAGUGGAUCAAUGAUGUAUUCAGCCC